UAAAAUAUUGACACUUUCCCUAAUCUCAGCCAUGGAAGAUGACCAUAGCUUUGGUUUCUUGCAUAAUUUUGGGAAUAAGCUGGUCAAACAGUCUUCUACGCCAACCCCCAUACCUCCAUACACGAGCUCUCAGAAAAUUGGCAAAAUUGACGUUUAUGGCAGAUUCCAGAUGAUAGCUGACGCCUUGAGUUGUAUGUGGGGGUCCCCUCUUGCAUCAUCAAUCAUCUCUCGUGUACCGACACAGCGCCACACCCACUUCAAUUAAUUUUAAUUAGGGUUUAUUUCAUUCACACAUGGAGUUGCUGUUUGAUUCAGCUUCCUGCUAAUGGAAGAUCGCAUCUAUUAAAAUCAAGGGGAAUCAGCACUUCACAAGAGUCAUCAAUGUUCUUAUUGUCAGGACGUAAUCACCAUCAAAGUUAUUUAAGGUGAUCAUCUUUUUGUGGUGCUCUUCUCGCCCAUUUGGUUUUCUUUGGUGAUAUGGUAUUGAAAUAGUUCAGGAUCCAAAUAAAAAGGGGCAUGAUUGUAUUCCAGGGUGUUUCUGAUUAGGUUUCUGUAUUACCUUUUUGGUGUUUGAGUAACUUGAAACAGAUUUUACUAGUACUAGUGCUAAUCUGUCCGUUUGGGUAGAGGUCAGGUCUGUCUAUAUCUCGCCCUUCCCAGACCCUACUUUUGAGUGGGAUUUACUGGGUCCGUUUGGUUUCGUUUGGUUUGGUUUGGUUUAGAUGAUGGCAGAUGAAAGUGCCAGAGAGUCUAUAUGGACUAGAGAUCAAGACAGGGCUUUUGAGAAUGCUCUAGUUGCAUAUCCUGAGGAGGAUUCUAAGGAUCGGUGGGAGAAUAUUGCGACCAAUGUUCCGGGAAAAUCAGUGGAAGAAAUCAAGCAUCACUAUGAGUUGUUAGUUGAUGAUUUGAACCGUAUCGAGUCUGGUAUUGUUCCGGUGCCUUGCUAUAGUGGUUCUUCUGAUGACUCUGCAAGCCAUGGAGGUGAUGAUGGAAAUGGAACCAGUAAGAAAGGUGGUAAUUUGGGUCACCAUAACAGUGAAUCAACUCAUGGAGGUAAGGCCUCAAAGUCAGAUCAGGAGCGCCGGAAAGGUGUUGCUUGGACCGAGGAUGAACACAGGUUAUUUCUUCUUGGUUUGGAAAAAUAUGGGAAAGGCGAUUGGCGAAGUAUAUCUAGGAACUUUGUGGUGACGAGAACACCGACUCAAGUUGCAAGCCACGCCCAGAAGUAUUUCAUUCGUUUGAACUCAAUGAAUAGAGACAGGAGGCGAUCAAGCAUUCACGACAUAACUAGUGUCAACAAUGGGGACACAUCGGUGCCUCAAGCUGCAAUCACGGGUCAAACAAAUGGUUCUCUGGCAGGUAAAUCAAGCAAACAAUUCGCUCAAGUUACUGCAGAUCCUCCUUCCUAUACCGUCAGCAUGUAUGGAGGAACAACAGUAGGGCAACCAGUAGGACUACCACUAGUUUCGGCAGUAGGCACACCCGUAAAUCUUCCACCACCGUCACACAUGGCAUACGGUGGUAUCCGUUCACUGGGACAAGUGGUCCCAGGUGCCCCGAUGAAUGCGGGUCCCAUGACAUACCCAAUGUCACACACGUCAUCCCAUAAGUGAACAUGCAAGUUGUGGACUUAUACAAAGAAGGUUAGAAAGACACUGUAGGCUCAUCGUCGUUUUGAAUUUAUAUCUUCUUCUUGACUCGAGCUAUAAUAGUUUUACUUCCUCCAUCCCAAAAUAAGUGUCUACUUUCAGAAGUAAGUUACCACUUUCCAA